AUGAGCCUGAAGGUAGGCAUGUUAUCACACCACAACGUUGGACUUAAUUGUGGGCGCACAUUCCUGGUAGUGUCUGUCGGGCUUCCAUCUAGUCCCUGUGUUUGUUCAGCUCAUCUACCAUGUGGCCAGCUCUACGACACACUGUUAAUACCACGAUUAACGCCAUAACUACUAGCAUUGCGUCACUGCUACUAUUACUACUACUAUUGAUGCUGCUGCUACUACUACUACUACUACUGCUGCUGCUACUACUACUACUACUACUACUACUUCUACGACCAAUACGACUGCCACUAGCCAUACUAUUGCAGCUUCCGCUAUCACCGCUGCUGGUACUAUUAUCGCCACCACUGAUAUUGCUGCUUUUACCACUACUACUGCUGCUAACACUACCACCGGGGCUACUACUGUUGGCACGGUCGGACCCGCAUCUGGGCGUGCCACCAUACCUCCCCGUCCACAUAUACAGACAGACUCACACUACUACUGCUGCCGUCAUUGAUACUGUCGCUUUUAAUGCAACAACUGCUACCACUAAUCCCACUACAGCUGCUACACUGUUACAAUAACUGCAAUCCCCGCCACAGUUGCUAGUACUACUACCGCUACCAAUGGUACUACAACCACCACUAUUGCUACUACCACCACCAUCACCACUAAAAUUAUCACUACUACUGCUUUUGCCACCAUCACUACUGCUCCAACCGUUACUACUACUGCUGCUACUACUACUACUACUACUACUACUACUACUACUACUACACGGUGGACAUCGUCGGCAGCCUCGGCCGAACUGUCGUAGUGUUAGUGGUGGUAGCAGUAGUAGAAGCAGUAGUGUUGUUAGUAUUAUUACAGUGCGUGACCUAUCUCAUGAAAUGUUGGCUGAAAUUCUGAAAUGCGUUUUCGAUUAGGAAGGAUUACUUGGUCGCGGUUGUAAUACUGAUUAUAUUAACACAUACUCUUAUAACAUUUCGGACUUGGCAGGAUGUCGGCUUUUAAGUGCACUUCUCUUCAAUCUCCUGUAGAAAGCGGGCUCGGUAAAAAAUGACUACUUUUGUAGCAUGCAUUUUUCCAACUGAUUUUCGAUGGUCGUGCAAAUUCAAAUAUAUUUUUUAGAAACCUUAAACAAAAAUAUGCUUUCUUUUAGUCAGUCAAAAGAAAAUCACGUUUUCUUUAUAUUUUAUACUUAAGGAAGGAGUAUAAUUAGGUUACAAAAAAGUUUUCUAAUUGCCGAAUAAUUUGGAGCCUGGGCACGCGUCGCAUUAGCGCUUAGUGAUUUCACUCUACAAGGUGCAUGCGUUCCGCGUAAAGAAAAUCACAUAUAUUGAUACUGUCGCUUUUAAUGCAACAACUGCUACCACUAAUCCCACUACAGCUGCUACACUGUUACAAUAACUGCAAUCCCCGCCACAGUUGCUAGUACUACUACGGCUACCAAUGGUACUACAGCCACAACUACUGCUACUACCACCACUACUACUACAACAACAACUACUACUACUACUACCACUACUACCACCACCACUACUACUACUACUACUACUACCACCAGUACUACUACCACUACUACCACCACCACCACCACCACUACUACUACUACUACCACCACCACUACUACUACUACUACUACCAUCACCACUACUACUAUUACUACCACUAUUACUGCUACCACUACUGCUACUACUACAACUACUACUGCCACUACUACUACUGCUGCUACCAUUACUACUACUACUACUACCACCACUACUACUACUAUUACCAUUACUACCACUACUACUGCUACCGCUGCUACUACUACUUCUACUACUACUACCAGCACUACUACAUCAGUAGUCUUAAGCAUUCUGCGUACCGUGUAAAAACUUCGUGGCUUAACUACUUUUCGUGCACAUCCGUACCGUUUCAAUGGCUUCCCCCGCGACGGUUGGACCGUCGAUUUGACGAUGUCCUCCAUGUGCUCCAGGGCAGGGUGGGCGCAGGGACGGUAAUUGGCUCGUGA